GCCGUUCUUGAGAAUGGCUCUCAACUAAAGGUGGGGAAGGCUGGAUUUCCUCUUGCUUCAAGACACCAGAAUCUGGGUUUCAAGAGUUAAAUGAAAGAGGGAUUUCACUGUGUUGAUCAUUAACGGAGUUGGCUAGGGCUCAGUGGAGAAUCGGGUCAUCAAAAGAUCCAUCCAUCCUUUGAACACGAGUUCCAAGGAAGGGAAGCCUCUUUUAGACUUUCUGUUAUUAAUCGUGGGGCUUCGGAUCUUCCCUCAGACUCUCACAUAACUUGUCCACUGUUUGAAGCACCACGAUGGAAAAUCCACUCAAGGAGAAGUUGAAUACAACAGUCAAUUCCCUGCCUCCAAAAGAGAAACGCUCCCAUUUUAACAAUUUAAAGGUAUUUCUUGCAGUCUUGUCCUUCUCGUAUUUUGCAAAAACAUUGUCUGGAAGCUAUAUAAAGAGUACGAUCACACAAUUGGAGAGACGCUUUGAUUUAUCCAGCUCGCUGAUUGGUAUCAUUGAUGGAAGCUUUGAAAUUGGGAAUUUGCUAGUGAUUUCAUUUGUGAGCUACUUUGGAGCAAAAUUGCAUCGACCCAGGCUAAUUGCAAUUGGAUGCCUCAUCAUGGGCCUUGGAACCCUUUUGAUAGCAUUACCUCAUUUCUUCAUGGGACGCUACAACUAUGAAACAGCACUUACAUUUUCAAGCAAUUCAACCACUGUCUCCCAGUGUUCAAAUGACUCCAGUAGCACAGGACCUGGGGAGAUUUCAAAUGUGCCACUUCCUGGUUGCGAGAAAGGAGGCUCACCAAUGUGGAUAUAUAUAUUCCUUGGUAAUCUUUUGCGAGGAAUUGGUGAAACACCAGUUACCCCAUUGGGGCUAUCUUAUCUUGAUGAUCAUGCCAUAGAGGAAAAUGCAUCUUUCUACAUAGGAAUUUUGCAUACAAUAGCCCUCGUGGGCCCAUUGUUUGGAUUUUUACUGGGAUCAUAUUGUGCCAAGAUUUUUGUUGACAUUGGAUUUGUUGAUUUGGAGAGAGUCACUAUUUCUGCAAGAGAUGCAAGAUGGGUUGGCGCUUGGUGGCUAGGAUUUUUAAUUGCUGGAACAGUUGCCAUUCUUUCUUCCAUCCCAUUCUGGUUCUUUCCAAAAUCUCUAACCAAGGAGUUAAGAAAGAAGGAACUAAGCAAAACCCGUGAAAAGAUGGAAUUUUUCAAACAGGAUCUGCAUGAACUUGCAGGAAACAAUGCUAAAUCACCGAUUUCUGCAACUGGUUUUAUUUCAUCAGUGAAAUCACUGUUUACUAACCACAUCUAUAUUUCGUAUUUGUUGUCGAUGGUCCUGCAAGUCAAUGCCUUAGUUGGCUUGCUAUCCUUUAAAGCCAAGUUCAUUGAGCAACAGUAUGGACAGUCAGCAUCCAAGUCCAACUUCCUAAUCGGACUCCUAAAUAUCCCUGCAGUGUGCCUUGGAAUUUUCUUCGGUGGUUUGGUAAUGAAAAGGUUCAAGCUGAAUAUUAUUCAAGCGAUAAAGAUGAACAUUGGGUGCAGUGUCGUGGGUUGGUUACUAGCACUCACCUAUUUUGGAAUGGGCUGUGACAAUUCUCGUGUGGCUGGUUUAACUGUCUCUUAUGAAGGCAACCCCCAGAUCUCCUUUGAGGGAAGUGGUCUGUACCACGACUGUAACAUUGGAUGCUCUUGCUCAAGGACACAGUGGGAGCCCAUUUGUGCUGGAAAUGGGAUUUCAUAUGUUACACCCUGUCUCGCUGGGUGCAAGACGUCUUCUGGAGCAGGGAAAAAUAUAGAAUUCCACAACUGCAGCUGCAUUUCUACUCUGGCCAUGAAUUCUUCAGCACUUCUGGGACAAUGUUCUAAAUCAGCUGAGUGCCAAAAGAUUUUCCCUUACUACUUGGCAUUUAGUGUGCUAAGUGCUUUUAGCUACUCCUUUGGCGCUAUUCCUGGAUUCAUGGUCUUACUCAGAUGCACUGAACCAGGGCUGAAAUCAUUGGCAAUAGGUGUACAAACUUUGAUAAUAAGAGCGCUUGCUGGAAUCCCAGCUCCUGUUUACUUUGGAGCUUUGAUAGAUAGAACGUGUCUGAAGUGGGGGAUGAAGAGAUGUGGGGGACAAGGGGCUUGCAGGAUGUAUGACUCUAAUACUUUCAGGAACAUCUUCCUAGGAUUACAGACAAUUUUGCGUGGAUUUGGUAUACUUGUGUUUUUGCGCAUCCUGAUGCUAGCAAAGAGACAAUUUCAAGCCAAAGGCCAGCACACAGCAACCAAAUGUGAUACUGAAGUAAUGCCUUUUCAGGACAAGGACUGUGGGCCUGGCAAUGGAGAUCUUCCAGCCAAAGUGAAGACCAGUGACCCAAUAAAGGAAUCACAUGUCUAAAAUAAAAACUUCAUUCCCAGGUGUAUAUAAAAAAAAGUAUUAAUAGUUUUCAAGUUAGACAUUUUAAAAGCAAAAUGUUUCUAGGUUUUAUUUUUGCUAAUUAUCAAAUUGAAAUAAUUUAUGUCUUAAGAUUCCAAGAAUUGUAUGGAAUAUUACACUAACUCUGCUUUUAAAUGUGAGAGGCAGUAAAGUUUUCUGUAUCAAAUAGGAUAUCUGCAUGAGAUUUAUUUUCAAAGAGGAAUUGUUGUAUCUGUGGAACAAUAACUGUGAAGUGAAAUUUACACUUUAAGCAGGUGCCUGAACAUGGGUUGAAAAUUGGGUUUUGCACAACCCCCCCCCCCCCCCCCCCUCAGUCACAUUAAGGCGACUAUUGGCAAAAAAAACCUACCCUUUUUGUACUGUGGUGAACUUGGUAUAAAACAGGAGAUAGACCACAAACCUGUUUGUGACAAAGUUCUGCUGAAGGGUUUUCGCUGAAACAUAACUCUUUCUCUUUGCACAGAUACUGCCUGAGAAUUUCCAGCAAUUUUGUUUUUUAAUUUCACCACAGCUCGUUUUGUGCAUGUGUUGAACACUGUCCUGUUUUGUCCUAAUCUUUCAAUUGUUGGGCACAGGCUACUGGGUAGAUCAAAAAUGAGUAUUUUUAAUGCCUUUGCUUGCUACUGGGACUUGGAUAAAAGGGGUUGUUCACUCCCUGAGUGAUUUAUUCAUUUUAUUCAUCUGUUUUCCAUCAAUUCAAUAAUGGCAGUUUAGUGUGCACGAAAUCCAGUUUAUUGGACCACUUAAGUGCUUUUAAUCUUUGACUUCUCUGCACCUAACUCUAUCUUCGUAACAGCAUUUAUUACCAGGGUCGUGAUGCAUUCUGCCCUUCGGCAGACAGAAUGAAAAGGAGCAUAUGGUAACAUUGCUUUAGACCUGUUGUUUUAAAUAUUUAUCUUUGCAUGUUCUUAAUUCAAAAAAUAAAAAUUUUCCCUGAAA